AUGCGAAACGUGGCCCUCUCCGCACUCGCCGCCAUCGUGGCCCUCGCCACCUCGGCCGCAGCCACUCCCGCCGCCACCGACUACCUCGACAUGCCAAUCGGCCGACGCAGCCCGCAGCUGCCAACGCGCGCGCCGCCCAACGCCAACGACCGCCGCCUCGGCUUCAACUCCCAGAUCGAGGCUGCCGCAAGCUACCUCGAUGCUUACCCGGGCCCUGCCUCGUCGUCGUCUUCGGCGUCGUCCCCCAUGGCCAACGCUGCUGCCGGCGCAGGCGCUCCUCUCCGCGUCCACCUGCCCCUCGACCCGGCCGACGCAAACGCUUUCGCAGCCUCGAGCGUAGAGGACAUCAUCGCCCGCAACCGCGGCCAGCACGUCGUUCUCUCCCACCGCGACUUCCCGCAGCUCAGCGUGCGCAUCAAGCAGCUCGGCUCCCGCCCCAAGGCCACCUCCCCUGCCAACAACUUCGCGAGCCGCCUGGACAAGUCCGACCCAGAGGCCUUCUGCGACCCCACCGUCACCAGCUGGAGCGGCUACAUUGACACCCUCGACGGCAAGUCGCUCUUCUUUUACUUUUUCGAGUCCCGCAACGACCCCAAGCGCGACCCCGUCGUCCUCUGGACAAACGGCGGGCCCGGCUGCAGCUCGUCGCUCGGCCUCUUCCAGGAGCACGGGCCCUGCCGCAUCCCCGAGCGUGGCGGCGUCGUCUCCGACGGCCCGCCCAUCAACGGCACCCAGUGGCACCCGCAGUCGUGGAACAGCCGCGCAAACAUGAUCUACAUCGACCAGCCCGUCGGCGUCGGCUUCUCGUACUCGCGCUACGGCGUGCACAGCUUCAACACCGAGGACGCCGCAAAGGACAUCUACCGCUUCCUGCGCAUCUUUUUCUCGGCCUUUGACCGCUUCCGCGACAACGACUUCCACCUGUCGGGCGAGUCGUACGGCGGCCGCUACAUCCCCGUGUUUGCCAGCGAGGUCGAGGACCGCAACGCCCACAUCCGCCACGCCGCCCGCAAGGCCGGCAAGAAGCCCAGGCGCGACGAGCUCAUCAACCUCAAGUCGAUCAUCGUCGGCAAUGGCCUCACCGACGUCUCGAAGCAGAUGUCGGGCUACUACGACAUGAGCUGCACCCGCCGCGGCGGCGUCGCCCCCAUCCUGCCCAUCGAGCAGUGCAAGCGCAUGAGCUCGUGGGUGCCCCGCUGCGAAAGGUGGCUCCACGACCACUGCGUCGCCACCUACUCGGCCGACCUCUGCCGCACCGCGCGCGACACGUGCUCGGCCGAGCUCGAGGAUCCCUACAUGAUGACGGGCAUGAACCCCUACGACAUCACCGACGACUGCAAGGCCGGCAUCUCGCCCAACCUGUGCUACGCCGUCAUGGAGGACAUCCGCGCCUACCUCGACCGCGCCGACGUCCGCGAGCUGCUGGGCGCCGCGCCCGUCGAAGAGAUCGGCAGGUUCCAGACGUGCAACGACCAGGUCGCCAUGGGCUUCAUCAACGACAACGACGCCGCCCAGGACAACGGCCUCAACGUCGCCCUCCUCCUCGAGCGCGGCAUCAAGGCCCUCAUCUACGUCGGCGACCUCGACUUUAUCUGCAACUGGGUCGGCAACAAGAAAAAUGGAAGGUCGACGGCAAAGACGCAGGAGAGACACAGUCCCACGGCGGGCUCGUAUGGGCAACAAUAG